CAAGCAGUCAGAGAGGUUAAUGUUAGUAUGCGUACGCGAGAGCAGUCAGAAACGCAGUUUUAAGAAGCCUGACGCCAACUACAGCAGGAUACUUUUACAAUCCUUUGCCUGGUAAAGUCUGUCUCCUGCAAUUGGAAGGUACUUAAUGAUCCUCAGCCUGCAAAAAGAAACUCCGAUUUAUGCCGCUGGUUUUCUUUUGCUGGUAAUUUAUUGCGAUAAUCUUUUUUAGCAUGGUCGUGCCGGUCUGUGGGUAAGACAUGUUUUCUUUUGGUUGGAAGGGACAAGAUGUCCUUAUAUCUAUAUAUCCUAAUUGGCGAACUUAAUUCCAAUAAAUUAUUCAUCGUGUUGGCGUUUGGUAACAUGUGUAAAUGUAAAAAUUUUCAUUGGAACAGGUUCAUCGUCAAAAUAAAAAUAGUGUGCAUUCUUUCCUGUGAUUUCUACAGACAAGUCUCUUAAAUUUAAAUUAAAUGCAUGGUAGUCUGUCUAAUUUGUUUCUGUAGAAAAUUGCCUGUUUACAUAACUGGUAUGGGCGACAUUACUCAUUUAUGAAAGGAAACUGGCACGCUAAUUUUAGCUUCGUCUUGACUUUUGCCACACUUAACCUUCAGAGGCGCGUACUGAAGUUGCUAAAUAAUGAAAGGACUAUUUUAGUUUUGGUUUAGGCUGGCAGAUGGCACCAGUGCAACCAUAGGCGGUUCCGGACGCGCGCAUCUCUCCUCGUACAACGUGAUGCGCUCACGGCAGCCACACGAUGCUCCGCCGGCGACUCCUGUGUUUGGCCGACGGCGAUGGCUUCGGUACGCGCUCACGUGCAUGCAGAGCGCAGCGCCGAGAUGGAUAACGACGGCAGUAACGUCACUUCACACACGUGGAGCAUGCAUGUGAAUCGCGAUGCCAAGACAGACCUGGGGGAGCUUGAUGGUGUUGCAGCCGUCGAAGACGCGGUGACCGGCCGGUGGUGAACUCGUCCUCUCCAGCGUUUCAACAUGGUACACCUGUUUCUACAAGCACGGCUACGGCAUGCGCCGCCAAACAGCGAACCACCACAUGUAAGACAUGCCCUGCAAAACUAGCUACCUCGACGCCAUCACCGGCUGCACCGCAUGCGCGGUGUCAUUUGUAUAACCUUUCGAGGAUUAGUCUCUAGAACUCCUCCAUGUUCGGUCCAGCGCAACGGACAAUUAGCUAGGGUCGAUGCCUUGACCGAUCAAGAAGCAACCGCUGCAGCAGCAUUUUUAAUUCUCGCAAGCACGGCACGGUUCAACGAAGUUGGAAACCCCAACCUCCGGUAAUCAAUCAGCACACUCACACGCGGCCACCAUUAGGGAAGGAGUGUCUCCCCAACGGACACACAUCCAUUCCUAUUGUAUAUAAUCAAUUCAUGAAUCAAUGAAUCGAAAAAAACCGAACGAAUUCUCGAGUUCAAUCUCUGUCUAUCUUCAAUCUAUACUCAAUACUAGCAAGCCGUAUCUUUGUAGACUCGAUGAUGAUCCGGAACAGGCACAGAACAAACACUUGCAAGCCCUGGUUUGCCGGCUACUUGUGUGUACUCACCGCGCCAACUACGGCUAAAAUGCCUCAAAAUCCUGGCCAUGUUUCUAGCUCUACAGGGGCUUCACGUGGCUGUCUGCACGCCUUUCUGUGCACGCCUGUCAGUGACUAGUUGAUUUAAGGAUACAUUACAUUAGUAGUACACCACGUACAGGGACAAUUUAUGUCCACUUGUUUAGUAAUUAGCAAUGCAUCGGCUUGCUAACUAGCUCUCGCCAUUUGUGACUUUGCGUCCUAUAAAUUUGACCGCAUUGUGCGAAUCUUUGACGUAUUAGUCCUCAGUUCGUCUAUCUAGGUUAAGAUCAUGGCAUUGGCAGUAGUAGGUGCAGUAGUCGUGGCAAUGCUCUGCAGCUUAUGCAGUGGAGGUGCACACGCGCAGCUGCUGCAGGUAGGGUUCUAUGACCAGUCGUGCCCCCAGGCCGAGGUGAUUGUGAGGGACGAGGUCGGCAAGGCCGUCAGCGCCAACCCCGGCCUCGCCGCGGGCCUUGUCCGCCUGCACUUCCACGACUGCUUCGUCAAGGGCUGCGAUGCGUCGGUCCUGCUGGAUUCCACGGCCAACAACACGGCGGAGAAGGACUCCAUCCCGAACAAGAGCCUCAGGGGGUUCGAGGUGAUCGACGGCGCGAAGCAGCGGCUGGAGGGAGCGUGCCCGGGAGUGGUCUAGUGCGCGGACCUACUCGCGUUCGCCGCAAGAGACAGCGUCGUGCUGACCGGCGGUAGCCCGUACAGAGUUCCGGCCGGGCGGAGGGACGGAAACGUCUCCGUGGCAUCCGGUGCACUGUCAAACCUGCCUCCUCCGACCGCAAAUGUGGCCCAACUCACGCAAAUUUUCGAGACGAAUGGGCUCUCCCAGGACGAGAUGGUCACGCUUUCAGGGGCCCACACGAUCGGCGUAUCGCACUGCAGCUCGUUCAGCUCACGGCUCUACCACAACAACUCAAGCACGAGCCAGGAGCCGGCCCUGGAUGCGGCGCUGGCGUCGCAGCUGGCGCAGGCGUGCCCGCCGGGGAGCGACAACACGGUGCCCAUGGACGCCGGCAGCCCCGGCACGUUCGACACCAGCUACUUCCAGAACCUGCUUGCCAACCGCGGCCUCCUCACCUCCGAUCAGACCCUGACCACGGACAACGCCACCGCCGCGCUCGUGGCGCAGAACGCCUACAACAUGUACCUGUUCGUCACCAGGUUCGGCGACGCCAUGGUCAAGAUGGGCGCCAUUCAGGUGCUCACCGGCAGCGACGGCCAAAUACGGACAAACUGCAGGGCUGUGAACUAGGCAUCAAUUUUUUUUUUUACUCUAAUGCAUGCAUAUGCAUUUUUUGUCUACAACGAAGCGGGACGAGACAUGCAAGAUCACUGGUCGUCGAAGUUGAUUAUAAAAUAAGAACAUUUAGCGGCGGUCCCUAACGCAUUGUUUGGUUACAACGGGAAACUUUGUGGUUUUCUAUAGCUGCUGUUUGAUUUGGCUGAUGGAUGGAUUGGUCACGCCACGCUGCCUACCUCGGCAAUGACAAUCUAAUGCAUAAUUAACACUGAACCGGGCAACAAAUGACAAUUAGCAUGAGCCCGAGCCUUUCUUCGAGCUAAUGCUAGUUUUUGCCCAUAACGUUGAGGCCGAAAAGAAGCAAAAGCUUGCGAUGCAACAAAAGCGAAUCCAACUUCGCAACGCAAGCCAACGAAAUGGAGAGUUAGUGGUUGGCCAGAGCAUGAGAUAAGGCUUUC